CAGAUGCAGGGAAGCAGUAGUGCCACUGGACCAGGACGAGCACCAUUCCAGCGCAGCAGCGCCGCCUACGAGCAGGAUUCGGCAGGACUAGGAGCAGGAGGAGCGGGAGCCCUGGAGUAUGGAGAUCCCCGCUCGAGGAGCCCUAGUAUUUUUCUGGAGCCACCCACGCCGGAUCCCACGCAUGCCCACUUCGGACCCGGAUGGGGUCGACCCAUGUCGCCCAUGGAUCUGCCGCCGGAGAGAUCCUCGGCCAGCGGAUCGGGCAGCAAGUCGCCCACCGGCAAGUCACGACUGCGGCCCAAGCUCCACCUGCCGCUGGGGCGACUGGGCCGCUCCAGCUCCUCGGACACGAGGGAGAGCAACAGACUGCGCGAGGAUGUCCAUGUGCAUGUGGAGAAUCCGGUCUUCAGCAGCGAGAAUCUGCGCCAGAACAACUUCGAUGCAUUCUUCGAGGCCCGCGAGCCGGUCAUCAAGCUGCAGCCGCGAACCCCCCACACGGCGCCAGCGGAUGGGAGUGGAAGGGGCUACUCGCCGCCCCUGGAGAACUAUGCGGGUGUCUACGAUUCGCCAAGGACGCGGAGUCCGGCGGGUAAGGGCGGCGGCAGCGGGGGCGGACUGUUUGCGCGGUCACCUCGCGAGGAUCGGGAGAGGAUGGCCGGCGCAAGGUCACGCAGCGCGGAUCAGUGCGACGGGGCGGUGGGUGGAGGAGGAGGAGCAGCAGGCGGCCAGCCCAGUGGAUCCAACUCGGCGGGCGGCGGCGGAGGGGGCGGGGCCAGCUCAGCUGGAGCGCACUCCAAAGGUGACAGGUUCUUCGGUAAAAUCUUCAAGUGGUCGAAGAAGUCGUAGGAGGAGGAUCUUCGGGUGGAGGGGACCACGCAGUGGUUCCCUUAGCCCCCCGGGCGGCAGCAUGGCGUCCUACAACGGCGUGCUCAAGGAUUACAGUCACAGCAGUUUGAACGAGGCUUUCAAAUCCCAGAACAAUGUCAACUUUAAGUUAAUUAAAACAGUAUCCGAUUUCUCCGAAACACUCUCCCGUCUCUACGAGGAACACGCGACUGCCCUCCAGGUUGCGGUGUCCAAUUAUCGCAAGAAGAAUGCCGAAUUACGGAAAGAAAGACCCGCCUGCCACUUGGCCAUCUUUCAGGCAUGGGAAACAUUCCUGCAGGAGGUCGAAACCGAUUCGCAGGCCUGCAACGAUGUGGCCAGCGUCCUUUCCCGCCAGGUGUCGCGACCAAUGCUGGAUAAAUCCUUUCAUCGCAAAGUUCAAAGCCGUAAAAUAUUCACACACAGGGAGUCUUUCGAGACUAUUAUCGCAAAGACUGAAAAGAAGCUGUCAAAGUGCCGAGUGGACUACAAACAGUGCCACCUGGCCCACCGACAGAAUCCCAGCCAGCACUCGCUCACCGAAUACAUCGACGCCCACAACGCCUACGUGCAGCAGCUGCAUGCCACAAAUGGAAUGCUGGAGGCCUACCACUCGGACACCCUGCCCCAGCAGAUGCAGGAGCUGGAGGAGAUCCACAACGACCUGGUCGCCAUUGUGUCCGACUCGCUGAUGCAGGGCGCCGAAGUAAUUGCCGGCAAGGCCAACGACCAAGCCAAGCGGUACAACAGCCUGACCAACCAGUGCAGCGCGGUCUCACCUCAGCAGGAUCUGGUGAACUUCGUCCGCCUGCUGGCCCAGCCCUCGCAGGCCCAGAAGAUUCCCCGACGGCUCUUCUCGACGCCCCAAGGAGAGGCCGGCGAGGAGGCGGGCGACCACAAUGAGAUGACGCCCUGCCUGCGGAACGAGCUGGUCUUCGACCGACACUCCACCUUGUCACAACGCUCCGCGUUGGAGUCACUGAAGCGAGAGGCCAUCGAGUUGGAAUUGCAAAUACGUCAGCUGCAGGACUCCAUUGAGGCUCUAAAUCGAACGCAGACACGCGGGAUCGAGGGUCAGCUGUACAACAAGGUCAACGAGCUGCAGGAGGAUUUGUCCAUGAAGAAGUUUGACCUGCGGGCCAAGCAGAUCCAUUUGGCGGCCAUAAGGGCUCAGAAGGAUCUGUUCGUGAGCAAAGUUGAGCCGACGUCGCCGCGAAACGAACGCAAAUUCUCCGCUGCCACAGCGCCAUCGAUGAAAACAAAGUGGCUGAAAGCAUUUAAGAGCCUAAAGCCUGCUGGUUCUGGUUCAGCACAACAAGCAGAUAGCCAACCACCCCGACAAAAUCAAAUGUACCACGCUGUAUCAACCGUAUUGACUUUGAGGCGCAAUGGAGCCUCCAGCACAGCCUCCGAACCGCUGCGUCCCAACCUGGAUGGCAGCCACCACCUGCAGGAGUACACCUACAAGAAGAUAACGGCCUGCGACGUCUGCUCCCAGAUCCUGAGAGGCCACACACGCCAGGGAUUGCGGUGCCGCAUCUGCAAGCUGAACGCCCAUGGAGACUGCGCCCCCAAUCUGCCGCGCUGCCAGCCGAAGCAGAAGCUGCUGCGCCGCCAGAAGAGCACCUCGGAGCUGGAGAAUCGCGUUGAUAUCGAGGAAGAAACAGGCGCCGACAAAUCCGUCCAGGGCAAGCCAAUGGAUGGCGUCGCGGGAGGAUCGGCACUUCCGGUUCCGGUUCUGACCGAGCGGGAAAUGGGCAGGGCCCCGCCACCGGACAUACCGAUUGUCAGUGUCUCGGAGUUGGUCCUGCAGGAGCAGCAGCAGCAGCAGCAGCAACACCAGCAGCAGCAACAUCAGCAGCAACAGCAGCAGCAGCAACAGCAGCAACUACAGCUACAGCAGCAACACCAGCAGCAGCAACGCAGUCUGGCAUCGGUGGCGCAGGCGGCGGCGGUACGGGCGGGACGAGGGGUCCGUCCGCCGCCCGUGGCCAUGCCCAUUCUGGGCGUACAGCUGCAGCAACAGGAGCUGCAGCAGCAGCGCGGCGGCCUGCCGGUGCCCAGCCAAGAUAUAUCUAGUAGCUCAGCACCGCACUCACCGCGCCGCCAAAAGUUGAACUUACGCAUGAAAUCCCUGAGCCUGGACUCGCCCGAAUCCUCGGAGCUGCACGGCCAGUUCCGUCGAAGGGCCCAAAUGCCCGGCACGGGGGCCUCCACGUCGGCCGGCUCCGGGCACUAUCAUGGUGGGUCCGGAGGCCACCUGGAGCACAGCACUCCUCCGUCGAACAACAGCCGCCUGCACUCCCCAUCGAGCCCCUCGCAUCCGGGCCGCAAGCUGCUCUACGCCACCCGUGGAAUGCGUGGUGGCAGCGUCGAUCUGCCGGAUGAGAUGGAGAAGUCGCAGUCCUCGGCCAGCACAUCGCCGUGCCUCUCACCCAAAACACAUCGUCUGCUGCCCACGAAUCUGUAUGUCAUCAUCUACAACUUCAAGGCGCGACAUGCCGACGAACUGGAUCUCAAGGCUGGUUACAAGGUGACUGUCAUUGACAAUUCGGAUCCGGACUGGUGGAAGGGAAAAGUGCUGGGACGCGUUGGCUACUUCCCAUCCAAGUACUGUGUGCGCUUGAAUGCCAACGAGAAGCCCCUGCAGGUGACCCACAAUCUCCAGGUAUCGGACAGUGAACGUGGCGAAAACCUCACCCUGCUGAGGGACCAGAUUGUCAUACAGACCGGCGACGAGGUCAACGGCAUGGUGAUGAUCCGCGCCGCCGAGCACGGGCAGGGCUACUGCCCGAUCAAGUAUCUGCAGGAGGUGUGACAGCCAGAAGAGGACGAGCCGCCCUCCGACGAGCGGGACAGACCCCACAAGUCGUCCAUGCAGACGUCGUCGUCGCGGACAACGGACAAGACCAAGCGUAGGAUUAGAAUCGUAGUGUCCGAGAACCACAGCCUAGCUGCUAGUAGUGUUGCAACCGCACCACCCGCUUUCUCCUCCGCUCCAUCCGCCCCAUCCGCCUACACAUCAUCCAUUCAUCACACCCAUCACCACCAAAUCCCGAGGGAGUCCGACGUCGAGACGAAGCGGCUGAAUAUCGACUACGGCGACGAGGGCAGCGCCGACUGGGACAAGGAUCGCGAGGUGCUCAUCCUGUCCGGCAGGCGGAACAAGAACGACAAGAACUGGGAGAACUGGGAGCGCAUCCGGGAGCAGAAGCUGGAGAAGAUGAAGGGCAUCUGCUUCGAGAGCUACCGCCAGUCGAAGCGGGACAAGCUGCUGCAGGCGAAGCCGCGUCCCAAGCAGCUGGAUCCCACCUGGUACACGGACAACAUCUACUCGAACCGCUCCGACGACAUGGACGAGGAUUACGUGCCGGAUUGCAUCAAAUACGGACCCUUCCGCACGCUACGGGACAUCCACGAGCUGGACGAGAAGAGUGGUGGCACGGAGGAGCGUCGAGUGGACGGAGAGGGAUCACCCGGCUAUGGGCUGCACCGCUCCAAGAGCUGCAAGGAGUUCCAGUACCCCAAGUCGCAGAGUUGGUGCUUCGAGGGCAACGUCUUUGAGGCGGGUGGCGGUGUGGCCAGUGGGAGUGGCAGUUCCGGCGGUGGGGCAACAGCUCCAGCAGCCACCACAUCCAUCCUGAAGAACCGGGCGGGUGUGCCCAAGUCGUACUCCUUCAGUGCCACCACCAAGACCAUGCCCUUUGAUAUCAUCGACUAUGAGCUGCCGCCGGCCUCGAAUACGCGGCGGGAGAAGAGGGAGGCCCUGAGAAGGAACAUGAACGCCCUGUGCAGCAGCAGUCUGGACCGCUGUUGCGCCCGGGAUCAGUGCACCAGUGCCCGCUGCCUGCUGGAGGACAUCUAUCCGGGAUCGGGAAGGGUGCGACCAGCCCGGUCGGGCAGCAAUCGGAACCUGAGUGCGGCGGACUGGCUCUUCGAGGAGCGCCGAAGGACGCCGGCUGCUCCAACGGUCAUUUGCUGCUGCUCGGCGGCUGAGGAGUGCUGUUGCCAACGCCAGCGUCAGCAGCUGCAGCAGCCGCCCCUUCCCGCUCGCCCCAGGUCACGAGCCCUCUGUCCCGGCCAUCAUCCCGCCGCCGAGGAGGAGGAGCACAUGCACUGCCGCUACGACACCGACCUGGAGCACUUCAUACGCGCCGAGCGGGAGCGCCUGAUGCUGCAGGACAAGUUCCUGGACGAGGAUGAGCGCUAUCUCUCUGCCGCCCCACCUCCACGAAGUCCUGGCCGGCGGUAUCCAGCGGGAAACUCCAGCUAUCACAGACCACCGCGCAGCAAGUCGCUGCUGGAGAUGCAGCCACCUACCAGCCUGUUCGAUGAGGACACCUGCUCGGACACCACCGAGAUCGAUCUGGAGGACUUCAACAUCGACCUGGAGAAGUACUGGGAGCAGCUGGACAAGCCACCCAGUCCCAUCAACAUGGACAUGCGCCGCAAUAUGCACAGCAGUCUCAAGGUGAAGAACGUGAAUGUGCGCUGCUAUAACAAUGGACAGCCCAUCGAUCUCCACGACCGGGAGCAUGAGCGGCUGAUGAUCAAGAAGUCGCUGCUCGAGGGGAUGCCCUCGCCGCCCCAGCUGGACUCCAGCGAGUCCUCGACCAAUGCGGGUGGCUAUCCUUUUUUUGACCCAGCUCCCGCUGCAGUGGCGCCCACUCCCGCCUUCCAUCACCGCUCGGUGUACGGACAACCCACGCAGGGCUAUGGCCACAAGGUCUACCCCACGGUGGACACCCUGCCCUCGUACCAGUACAACAACUUCUAUCCGGAGCAGAGUCACCACCCAACAGUGGGCAGUGUGCUGACCCAGCAGCCGACGGCCGGAAUCCACCAUCCCUCCGCCGGUGGUCACUCGGCGCUCAGCCUGAUCAACAACAUCUUCUCGAUCUACAAGCCCAACAAGUACUCGCCGGAGAACUGCCAGAUGAACUAUGAGAGCAAGCCGGAGCCGUGCAAGAAGAUGAAUGUGCCCAGCACCCACAGGCCCCUGGGAGCAGCCACCGUGCAUCCGUAUCCGCCACAUGACUACAUGCACUCCUCGAUGAAGCGACCCCUGCUGGUGAGUGCCGAUCAGCCGCACUUUAAGAUCAUCCCGGAGAAGACGGGCCUGAAGAUCUCGCCGCUGAUGAGCUACGAGGACUACGGCGGAGGUGGAGUGGGUGGCUGUGGAGCAGGCGGAGGAGAGAAGGCCCACCACCACAGACUGAGUAGCACGGCCAGGCCUCUGAUGCUUCCGCACUGAUGGUGCUGGACCUUUCCGUGGUAUGGCAAUGGCAAUGGCAACUAUUGUUAGUUGGGCUCCCACCCAUCCAACUAUCCCAAAAGACUCGCGAGCAGCGAAAAGCAACCCAAGCGCACAAAAUCUGGGUCCAGCCAAUACGAAAACGAAAACAGGAAACCAUCGGAGGAUCAUCGGAAAAGGAUCAGCAUUCUUGAUCCUGCCGAAACCACUCCACUCCUCCACUCCAACUCAACUCGCCGUCUUCGUCGUCGUCGUCGUCGUCCAUCCGCACAAUUUGCUUUUGGUUUAGCCGGGCAGGUGUUCCAUGUUCCAGUUCCAUCGAAGCAUCCUCGACACUCCAGCGACCAGCAGGAAACCACUUGAACAACAGCAACUACAGCCAUACCAUUGGAAAACAGCACUACAGACAAAGACAACAUCAAACUAUCGGAACGCGGAAGCUUAAGUGCAAGUAGUAGGAUUAGUAAUGUAACGAUUUGAUCAGCGGAUCGAUUAGGAUCUCCCCAAGAACACAAGACACAGUCACACACAUAUGUAUACAAUCAAUGUGCUUUUAAUUCGCUUAAAAUCGCUAGAGAAAUCGCAUUGCAGUUCGAUUAACAACUAAAACAACAGAUUCACUAAUUUUCGAGCAACUUUUAAGCAAUCAAGAGCGUAUUCAAUAGAACAAAGAGUAGACCUAAGAAUCGGAAGAAUUAAGUAUUAAGCCGUUCAUAUCGUGCGUUUCAUAUUUCAGUAUGAACAUGUAUUGUAUACCCUAACUCUGUAGAAAGCUAAACGGAUUUUAUUAGCUCGGAAGAAGAUUCGGGAGAAUAUCUACGGGACUUAUUUUGGCCUCAAUAUAUAUGUAUGUAAAUCGCGAUAAUUUUGAGAUGCAAUACGAAAACAAAAACUAUGGAGAACCGUUUUUAUUGUCACCAAAUUUUUUCUAUUUUUUAUACCAAGUAACUUUGAAUCAACUAAACGGGAGGGGUUAUUGAAAUUGCUAGGAUCGAUAGGGCUAGAAGCUUUCCCCAUAAGUUGCGGCUACUAUUAGCGAUUAUACGAAUGCAUGCUUAUGCUAUUUAUAUAUAUGAUUAGAUGCGGUUCGGAUAGGUGUGCUAGGUGGUGAGGACUCGAUAGAAGCGCUUUUUAUAAACUAACUAGAUUUGUAUCGAAAUGUGAAACAUUGAAUAUGAUAACAUGAAUUGUACUUUUAUGAUGUAUGCGUAUCCACUGGCCUUAUUUAUUGAGAAGUAACCAAACAAUGAGCUGAACCCUCACACAAACACACACACUCGUUUGAGUACACAGAUACACACACACAGACUUUCCAGAAAAACAACUUGAGAAUUACAAUUGAAUUUUUUCAGAAAGAUUCAGGCUUAGGGCUUUGCGUCACUUUUGUUAAUUGUUUUUUGGCGUCCAAUUUUACAUGAUAACUAAUGUAGGACUCUAGACAAAACAAAUCGAAACUAUCGAGCAUAGAUUAACUAUCGAGUAUUUUGUAGUGCGUAAGCUAACUAAAACCUAAACCAAACCAAAUGAAGAUAACUUUUUAGCGCGAGACUCCUUGUGCGAGAAGAUUUUGAAUUUGAAUUUAUUUUUAAUGACUUUUGAAUACGAGACGAAACAAUGGAGGAGAGACAUUUUAUCAGAGAUCGUUUUUUAUCUAUUUAACAUUUUCUUGAACCACAUACAACAAAUAUUUGCUAAGUGUACCCUAUGGCCUAUGAGUUAGUUGUAAGUAGGUGUUUUUCCAAGCCCCCGCUUAGACCACAAAACCAAAUCGGAAGUCAGGAGAUAGGAGACAGAAGAACAGGGGGAAUUCUGCACAAAACCCAAUCUAAGAAAUAUCCAAACACUGCACCCAAUUAAUUGUACGACAUAUAUCUAUCGAGUAACCAGUAUUCACGGUCACACGUCUAGAAACUAAGGGAGAAUUGUAUUGUAAAAUGAAUGGAAUCGACGAACACGAAAACGCCCAAAUCUUAUGAGUAUGUAAGCAAAGCCGAAAACUUGAAUUCAAACAGGAUAACCGCUCCCCGCGGUCAUCUAAACUGCUGAAAUUGGCACUUAAGUAUAUAGGUAUACACACCGCAUAUGUAUGUACAACGUAGUAGAAUUUUCGACUCAACUAAACUGAACUUGCAAGCGUAGCGCGACAUUUGUGCAAGUCCAAGGUCCCCGAGAGCCCAUAGACCAACCCAUCGAUGGGCUGCUAAAUCGAAUGGGGCUGGGGGCCAACUUCGCGAAAGACAGCUUCUCGUUUUUAGCGUAAAUUUUGUUUCACAUAUGUACGAUUAGGCGACCAGCAUGAUGACGAUGCACCUGGCGCACCAGAAAAUACAUGUAAGCAGUAACUAGAAAAUGGAACAAUAUAAUAUCAGUGCAACGUAAUAUAUCAGUUAAAAUAACAGAGGCAAACAGAACUCGAACUCAACUCAUUUAGCACUACCUACCUGCAAUUUGAAUGUGAAAACAACACUCUCCCCUCAUCCCACAACCGCUUCUCCGACGCGACCCCAUUAAUUUACCUGAAUUGCAAAUAAAAAAGAUGUUCAAUUCGAUGUGAAAAAACAA